GAGGGCGGGGCCUGCGGCGGCCUAGAGCGGCCCGGCGGCGGCGGCGGCGGCAUCAUGCAGCGGGAGGUGGGCAGCCUCCCGCUGGCUCCCGCUUUGCGGGCUAAGCUCGUCGCCGCCGGUUUCCAGACGGCGCAGGAGCUGCUGGAGACCGGCCCCUGCGGGCUCAGCAAAGAACUUGGAAUCUCCAAAGAAGAGGCACUGGAAGCAUUACAGGUUGUGAGGCAGGAAUGUCACGGGGAUGCAGCAAGGACUGCUGGGGGGUCAGGCACCACCAGAAAGUGCACGGCACUGGAACUUCUGGAAGAAGAGCAAGCCCAGGGCUUCAUCAUCACCUUUUGUUCAGCGCUAGACAAUAUUCUGGGAGGUGGUGUGCAAUUAACAAAAAUCACCGAGAUCUGUGGAGCGCCUGGUGUUGGGAAAACACAGCUAUGUAUGCAGUUGGCAGUAGAUGUACAGAUCCCAGAAUGCUUUGGGGGCGUAGCUGGAGAAGCCGUGUUCAUCGAUACUGAAGGAAGUUUUAUGGUAGACAGAGUAGUGGAUAUUGCAACUGCCUGUGUGCAGCAUUGCCAGCUUAUUGCUGAAGCUCAUCAAGAGGAAGAUCAUCUAAAAGCUUUGGAGACUUUCUCUCUUGAAAGUAUCCUUUCUCACAUAUAUUACUUCCGUUGCCGUGACUACAUAGAGCUUCUUGCACAGGUCUACCUCCUCCCAGACUUUCUUUCAGAGCAUUCAAAGGUCCGACUGGUGGUAGUUGAUGGCAUUGCAUUUCCUUUUCGCCAUGACUUUGAGGACCUCUCACUUCGAACAAGGCUUUUGAAUGGUCUGGCACAACAGCUGAUCAUCAUAGCACAUGAUCAUAAAUCAGCGGUAGUUCUGACAAACCAAAUGACAACAAGGAUUGGACAAAACCAGUCCACGUUGGUACCUGCUUUAGGAGAAAGCUGGGGACAUGCUGCUACUGUCCGUUUAAUCUUUCACUGGGACAACAGUCAGAGGUUGGCGACGUUGUACAAAUCACCAAGUCAGAAGGAGUCAACCAUACCGUAUCACAUUACAUCUCAUGGCUUCCGAGAUGUGCAGCCUCCAGCUGUCACUCAAAAUGCAGAAGAUACUGAGAUGAACCCUCGCAAACGGCCACGGAGAGAAGAGGAAAAGUAAUAGUGAUUCAAAAGUUGAAUGUUAAAAAAUUUGUGCUACGUGGGAACAGUUGCAUAGUGAACGUGCAACCAAAGCUAUUACAAAAAUCAGCUCUGCAGACCAGAACUAGAGAGAAGGAUCUGUUGGCGGAGACAAAAUUAGAUUAAAUGAGCCAGAUUUCGUUCUCAUCUGCUGGAGACAAGGAAGCUGUUCCAGGCUUCGAAUUGCAUAUAAAGAAAGAAUUUGACCGUUGCCUCGCCAAUAAAUCUUCCAUGGCAAGUUGAUAUUUUCUUACAUGUGCCUGGAAUUCUCUUGCAUUUCACAGCAUCAGUGCACAACAGUGAGUGACAUGAGAAUUUUGUGACUGCACAGAAAGUAAGAUUCUAACUAGCCAACAUCGCAGCACUGAAUCAAAAACAGAACAGGUUGUUUGAUUUGCUGCUUAUGUCCCAGUUUUCUGAAAGCCAAGAGCUUUAACUAUCAUGCUGAUUUUAGAAUUAUUCCAUUUUGUAGGGACGACAUUUACUUGUGGUGUAGGAACCUACUUUGUCACCACAACAAGAAUACAGUGUCUACCACAGGGCUUGGCAACAGGAAAACAUUGUGGUCACAGCAUACUUCUUCUCAAGCCCAGAAUCCUGCUUUGAAACUCUUUAGUUUGGACAGGGAAAAUAACAAUUUAUUUCUUCCUGAUUUUAUGUGUUCUGCACCUUUUCCAUUAUGAAACACUGAGAAACCAACUAGCUUCCAACUAGAAUAAAUUUAAGAAAACACAAAGAAGAAACAGCUUAACUGAAGAGAUAUUUCUAAGUAGGUGACUGUAAAAUUCAAGGUCUUGUGACUGGAGCAGGAUAUCACAGAAUCAGGAAUCUAAUCUACAGUGAGAUGAUGAACAAGUCAUUUAAAGUAAGUCUGCGAAAGAACCAAUAUAAUUUUUUUUAAAUCCCACUAGGCACCUGCCUUAAAUUUUGCUCUCAUUUUAGGAUGAACUUCACCCUCCACCCCAAAAGGGCAGAAUAUGCACACACUGUUAAACCCCUGGAACACAGUAUAAAUGGGAUUUAAGCGGUACACCAUUUUGUAUCGCCUCCUCUGAGCAAAAGUGAGCUUCAGGCUUAGGAAUCCCAGUAGUGCCAUAUUCACACAGCGUGGUACUGUGGGGCUUCAGCCUCAGAUGAAAUGUGUUGCGAAAAUGGAAAGUACAGAGGAAGGGCCCGGCACAGUAAAACUGCCAGCAAGGUCUGUUGUUUGCUGAUAUCCAGGAGGCCUGUGCCCCUCAUCUCCGUUUAGCAGUAAAAGGAAAUUAUGGUAAUGAAGAGUGACUGAUUGCUGAAGUGGAUCAACCUUAAUAAGAAGAUAUUGGACUCUGGUGUGCUCCUGCCUGCAGGAUGAUCUCAUGAUUUGACAACAUCCAGACCACGCUACUAAGUGUUAUGUGGUCAGCUGUGUUUUACUGCGGCAAUCCCAUGGGCACUAAUCUACAGGCACACUUCAAUCAGUCAGUGAAAGAUUUUAUGAUGUAACAAACUUCAUCUUUGCCUUUGUUAAUAGGAAACAAGGUAUGUUGUGCUAUAUCUGCUUCGACAGUGUUCCAGACCUGUUCAGUCAUUUUGAAGGGCUCUGCUUUUCAUUAGUUUUACUUCCACAUACUUUUCUCCAACAGAUUUCCAAAUCUAACUAAAUAGGCAUGGACUAGUAUCCCGUUUCUCGCUAUCGCUAUUCAAAGAACCCCCUUUCCUAAACAGGGGUCUGAAUGGAAGGCUGAAAAUGGAAUUUUCCUUUGGAAUGGGAUUGGAAAUUUCCAUGACAGCUGGAAGUGGGAUUCAGGCCUGAAACCCUGUGUUUUGCAGUGGAUGUGGACAUUUCAGAAUAAUCUUUGACUAUUAAACUGGAAAAGCUGACUUGACCUCAAAAACUUUAAAAAAAAAAAAGGAGCAAGAGAAAGAAAUAGAGAUAAGGACUUUGGUAUUUAAGAACAUCCUAACACGGUACUUAUUAUGGUAAAGGAGCCAGUAAAACUGUAGUAACAGAAGUUAUUGUGCUUUUUAAAACUGCAGUUGAACAAAGACUGAACCUAAGAAAAUUAACUGGAACUUGUCAACAAGAGCCUUCUCACAGUAUUCCUUUCAAAUUCUUGCCGUCUUUACUCUUAACCAACUGAAAUUAUUUCAGUGAAUUGAACAAUAAUUGUCUCAUUGAGUUUGAAGAGCUAUAAAAGGAACAGACAAAUACAGUCACGUUCACAAGGUGACCGAUAUUGAUCAUGUUAAUACAUACAGAGAAUUUUAAUCUCUUUAACAGUAUAUUGCAAGCAUCAUUUCAUGUAUUAUCUCAUAUACAACACUACAUUCAACAGUAGAUAUGUCUUCAAAAUGAGAACAGCCAAAAGCUUGGAAAUCCUUGCUUUUCUGGUGGUUUCACCUGACCAGGAAAACAGAAUAUAGCUUCUAAAAUUACUUCUCGUUUACUGCAAAAGCCCUACUUUUUAAAUACAUGACUUUAGAAAGGCAAUUUAUUUACCAUUAGGUUUUCCCAUUAUACCCUUUUGUAUGGUAUUGAAGCAUAUAUCAUAGGUAUAUUAAAUACUGUAAAAUCAUUCUUAAUGUCCCUACGUGUUUUCUACUGGUCAGUGUACAGGAAUCACUUCCAAAGGUUACAAAAAAUUAAAAAGCACUUCUUUUUGCACUCCAUACAAUUCAGGUCACCUCCCCAAGGCCUGCUCAAAUCCUGCUUAUUUCUCACCAGCAAAAUGAGAAAGAGGAAGACAUCAUUUUAAGGCUAAAAUAAAAGAGAUUUCUUCCAAAACAACA